AUGGGCGCCUCUGCGGCGUCCGCGGCCUUAGCCCCGCUAGGUGGCGCGACGCCGCCUCAAGCGCACGCUCGGCUGGCGCCUUCGGCUGCAACUGCGACUCCGCCGCGGGCGGCCACGGGAUCGCCUCGAGCCCCACCUCGAGGCGCAGCAGCCGGCCUUCAUGCCAGCGGCAGCCCUGAGGUGGCAGUGCGCGACGCCCGGGGCAGCACGCCGGGCGUCCGGCGGCAGGUGGAGGCGACGGAUGGCGACGGCGGCGCAGCAGUCGUUCUUGACCUCACCAUUCUCUCUUCGUCCUCUGAGGGCAACGGGAGUCCGACAACGAGCGGGCGGCGGGAGACAGAGGCGCUGCCUCUUGCGGCGGCGCGUGGAGGGCAGGAGAGCGACUGCGAGGCCGACAGGCCGCGAAGGUUGCGAGACGCGGAGCCGACGGGCUCGCUGCUUCGCAGUCUGUCAUUCCUUCGGCGGCGCAGAACGGCCGACGGGCGCGAGGCGGCGACGCGUCUAACAGAAGCCGCUGCAGAGCCCAGCGGUUCAUCUCGCCCCGCAGAAGAGACGGCAAGACGCGACGACGCGAAGGCGGGAAAACGGUCUCUUGCGCGGCGGCUGCGGGCGGGGCGAUCAGCGCCGGGAGGCGCGGGUGGCGCGACGACGCAGAGCAAAGACUUGGCGCAGCGAGACCCUGAUGAAGGAGAAGUGAAAAUACGAAAGAGAGCCAUGCGCAGAUGGGAGGAAGGUGGAGGCGGGGACGCGGAUUGGCUUCGGUCUGACGAAGACGCUCUCGCGUGCGUCUCGCGGCGAGAUAAAAGAAGCGAUCCGCGAUGCUGGGUCGAUAAAUACGCGCCGCGAGAGAUAGGCGAUCUUCUUCAGGCGCCGCAGAAGAUCCAGCAAUUCAUCGAAUUUUUGAAGCCGUUCGCCUCGCCGGCCUCCUCGCCUCCUGCCUCAUCUGCCUCGAAUCCGCGCCCAGAUCGAGGGUUGCGCGACCCCGCGCGCCGCGGGCUCCCUGACUCCUCGGCCGCCGCGGAGGACGACGUCGCUGUCCACACUGACGAGGGAUUGACAAUCGACUCGAAGGCCGCCGCCGCCGCCGCAGGGGCUUGCGCCCAGGGCAGCGCGGGCGUCACGAGCGAAGGCGCGUCGCCUCUGACGGAAAAUGCUUUCGCCUCGGCGGACGUGCUGCCCGUUGCGCCGCUGAUCUGCGUCAUCCAGGGGCCCUCAGGCUGCGGCAAGCGUGCGAUGGCGACCACCGUGGCGGCGGCGCUGAACUUGGGCGUUGUCGAGUGGGAAGAGGAGACACCCAGCACGCAGACGCGACACUGCGGAGGAGGACUCGGCGCCGGCGGCGACUUUUUCGCAGCCUCUUCGCUGGGCGAUUCGCUCCUCAGAUUUCUCGCCCAGGCGCAGUCCAAAGCGCCCCUCCCCACACUCACGCUGCCGCCUCCUGAGCGACUCUACAGUCGCGGGCACUCUCCUUCCGGUGUAUGUCCGCCGCGGCCUGGCGGAGACAGUGGGACCGGGGUUGCGGCUUGGAGCCUGACUUGCGCGGCAGACUCUCAGCCGACCGCCUGCGUUGCCUCCGGUGCUUUCGCUUCUCUGCCUCUCCCGUCGACGCAAGCGCGAGGCGGCAAGGUGGAGCGCGGCGCCCAGGACGCCUCUUCCGGUCCUUAUCCGCCUUCCGCAGGGCCGCGUGCGGCGUCGGCCACCUCUGCGUCGAGGCCUGCAGAGCCCGGCUGCCGGCAGGUCGCGCUUCUGCGGCAGUUGCCCUCGACGCUGUUUCGGCGGUCGCCGGCCUUUGUCCGUAAGGCUGCGGCGUACCUCGAGGGACUCCUCCGCGAGCACUUUGCCGCGCAGAGGCGGGCGGCGCGCCUGCGGGAGAAGGCGGCAGUGGUCGCGGCGGACGCGCUCCAGCCGCUGGUCAUUUGCAUCGGGAACUCCCGCGAGGAGAUUCAAGGCAUCCGGAAGAUCCUUCCUGCGGGUGAACUCGGCGAGCGCGGCGUCCUGCACCUAAAGCUCAACCCAGUGCCGGUCGCAAAGCUUCGGCCGUUUCUUCUGCGCGUGUUGGCUGAGGAAGAGCUGCUACCAUCGCCGUCUGCGCCACUGGGCGCGACGCUGUCGGCGAGCAAGGCUGCUGCGCUGCUUGCCGCGCUGCCGUCUGUCGAUCUCCCGGCGAUUCUGCACAUCAGCGACGGCGACGUGAGGCACGCCCUCACGUCGCUGCAGUUCGCGGCGGCCGGCGCGGCGCCGGAGACCCCUUCGCCGUCGGCGCGAGGCAGCAGGGGGUCGCGCCGAGACGUUGAUGCGGGAUGGAGCACCUCCGAAGGAGAGAGCGACGAUCGUUCGAAGUCCAGGCCGCGGUUGUCGCGGCGGAAGCGCGCGCGAGCGGCGGAGGCCUGCGGCUGCGGCUCGAGACGACGAGGCGGGGGUGCGCGACCCCGAGAGGAGAGCGACUUAUCCCGCACGGCGCGAGAAGCGGCCGACGAGACGCGUGCGGAGGAACUGUGCGAGGGCGGCAAAGAUGAAAAAUGGGACUUCUUUCACGCCCUCGGGAAGAUCCUCUACAACAAGCGCCUCCUUCGUGUUGAACAGUUCAACAGCCCGCGUGCGCCCGCGAACGACAGCGAAGGGCCGCAGGUCGCACGCGCGUCAGACGCCCCGUCUUCUCCCCUAGGGGAGCGCUGGAGCUGCUGCGCCUCGUCCGCUGCGGCGGCUCGCGGGAAGUUCUGUGUCUGUCGCCGCGCGCCGUCGCAAUGCGGCGAACCAGAAGAGGGAGGCAGCAGCUGCGUGGAGGGGUCCUUCAGCGCGACGGGCGACGAGACGCUGGCCGCAAGCAGACAGGUUUUAGAGGCGUCCUUGGCGUCCCCCAUUUGCGAGAGGCCCGCGGGCUCUCGACAAGGCACGGCGGCGGGGGCGGUGCGGGCGAUGAUGCGUCCGACGACCAGCAGCACGGCAGGCGCGGAGGCGGAGGAGCUCUUAGAGGAGCUUGACCUCGCAGACUUGGAUGAUAUCUUCGAGGCUAUGGAUUCUCUCGACACUUUGGAGGCCGACUCUGUCACGCUGGUCUCGGCGAUGGCCUCCUGUCCUCGCCUUGCGGGUGCGCACGCGCUCGCCGCUGCAGCCCCGUUGCUUUGUGCUUCGCGCGCGCCUGCUUCCUCGGAUUCGCCUUUGCCGUCCUCCUACGCCGUCUCGUCGUCGGGACUUUCUUCCCCGCCUCCGCCGUCGGCUUGCGAGGCGUCGUCUUCGCCGCCAGCCUCUCCCGCUUGCGCGCCUGUCUCCCUGAGAAGCUUCGGCGGCGGCGACUCGGGCAGCCCCGCGAGUGCCUUUCCGCCGCAGGUCGACUCUCCAGGGCGAGACUCGCAGACUCGUCUGCAGAGAGAAAGAGACGUCGCGUGGGAUUUCCAGCUGACGAGGCCUGCCGACCCUUUGCCACGAGCAGCCUGUCGCUGCGCAUCGCUGCUGCUAUCGGAAGGCGAAGCCGCGCGGCGCGAAGAGACACUCUGGUCCAGCGGCGGCGACGCGAGCCACGCCUACGCACUCUUUGACGGACUCUCUUCGUCCUUCCUCUGGGCUCUGCGCGGCCACACACCACCCCUGCGCCUCAACACGGCGGCGCCGCCCCCCUCGCCUCUGCGAAGCGCAGCUUCGCCGGCUCGCUCGUGUUUGCUUUCUUCGCCUUCAAGACCUUCAGCGUUCGCUGCUUCUUCCGCUGCCUCUUUGUUGGCCGCCCCCGCGUCUUCUGCGGUCGUGGCGCAGGCGCCGUGGCCGCUGCUGUUCCACAAGCGGACGCGCCCUCGGCUGUAUUUCUCACCUGAAAAGCUGCUGGAGCAGACGCCCUGCGACUGGGAGCACUUUGCCUCUCUCCUCCAAGAGAACUUCCUUGUCUUCUUCGCUGACCUAUUCGACGUCGCCGCAACCACAGCCCACCUCUCGGACGUGGACGCCGUCUUCGGCGGGGUCGGCUUAUAUUCGGGCUCGGCGGUUGCUCGGGCAGGCGACGGCGAAGUGCCUCACCACGUCUCGCUUCUGCGCGCUUGGUUUUCUGCGAUCAUCGCUGCGCGCGCCGUUCUCGACAGCAACACACAUCCCUGCGCGCCUGGGAAUUGGCCCGAAACCCGAGGGCCUACCUACCCGGGCGCGCGGGCCUCGCGGCCGAACUUUUUUUCCUUCAAAAAGAGCCGCAUGCCCGCCCUGCGGCGGCAGGUCGGCUUGCGGUGCGGCGUGUGGUGUACGUACACUGCGGGCGUGCGACGCCGACUCGGCGAGCUGACGGAGACGUCGCUUGCGGCCGAGAGGCGUGCGCGCGAGAGCUGGGCGACGAAGCCCAAAGUCAAUAGAUCCCACGCGCUGCCGCGAGCGGAAAGUUUCUUACGCUUGCCUCCCUCAGCGGUGCGUUCGAUUGAAGAAUCCAAUCCUGACCAGAAGGACGCGUUGCAUGUGAGUUUUUCGUCGUCAGCGGCCUGGACUCCGCCGCCGCCUGCAGAUCCGCGCGGCGUGGCGGGUGCGCGGAGUGUACGUACACCGAAGCGCGCGCACAUCCCUAGUUUCCGCUCGUGCGCGACUCGCCUGCCUGCGGCCCGUCCGGCUUUGAAGGCCCUCGCGCCCCCCGCGGCGGCGGCCUUGCUGGUCGCGCAGUCUGUGUUGUCUCGCGAGGCCGCGUUAGACCGUUGUUUUGAAAGUCCGCCGGCGGCGGCGUGGGCCUGGCGCGGGGUCCACGGCGUUUUGGGGCUCUCCGCGAGCCGAUUUUUCACUGAAGUGCUGCCCUACGUGACGAAUCAAAUCCGCGCGCUGGAGCGAAGUCAGUCGAGGCCGCCCUGGAGCGCUGCGUCACGCAAUCGAGGCGGGGGACGCGCGGACGCGGAGGGCCCGCGAGGCGCGAGCGCGGGCCCUCUCCUCCCGUCGCCGCACGCGGCUGGGGCGGCGAGUAAUGUUCACUCUCAAUCGCUGAGCGAGGCCGCCGGCCAAGCGGCAGCCUCAGGUCCACGAGACCGCGAGGGGAGGAGCCCGUUCAGUGCAGGCUGCCUGGAGUUUCUACGCGGCGUCGAGGCGCCGAUUCUUGAGAAGCUGCGCGGCCUCUCGAGCUCGCCCGGCGAGCGGGGCGCCUCCUCCUCGGGUCUCAGCUGGGCGGCUGGCGGGGUCGCGGCGCGUCCGCCGCAGAGUCGCGCGGUCGGCGGUGACGAGGAAGACUUGGAAGAGGACGUAUAUCAGACAGAUGCCUUGCUGGACAGCUGGGCGGGGGCCAUUCCGCUGCCGCCCCCGUUUUUCGCCGACGCAGAACUGCCCCUAUCUGGCGAACGCACCCGGGAGACAGGAUCGAACAGCCAGGACUCGGGCCCGGUCGGUGUCUCCGCGCAGAGGGCCGGAUGGCCUGCGACCGGAGGCGCAGCCAGCGCAGGAGGAGGCUCCGGGGGUAAGGACGGGGACGACGACAUUGAGGACGUGUGA